GGAGACACUCAACAGGAAACAGAGCUUGGAAGGGAGGGGUACCUUAGGUGGCGAGGAGUCCAAAGUGGGAGGAGUUAGAGGAGUGAAGUGAAGGAAAGCUGAACCCUCGGUGGGAGAGGCCAGGGAAGUUUACUGAGGAGCCAAAGCCGGAAGUACCCAAUACCCAUUCCCUGUCGGUGCUCUUGGACCUGCACUGUGCGCAAUCCCGUGGUGCAGACCUAGGUGUCGCGGGGGGCUCCCUGGAGCCGCAGUCUCCGCCGGGCGGCCUGGGAAAGUCAGCAGCUCAGUGGCGGGAACCGCAGCCCGGCGGCCCUGGAACCUCCCAGGACUCACUGAUCACACGGACCUGCUUCUCUGUGGAACAGAACAAAGAGGCCUGGAAGAUGGAGAGAGAGCAGACAAUAGCUAAGGAUCCAAGUAUGGUAGAGGGAUUGGUGAAGGGAUGGCAAGCGAAUCAAGUGGAAGUAAGACAGGAAAUCAGUUUUGCCAUGAGUAUUUUGCUACAUGUAUGACUGUAUAUCAUGUGCAUUCUAGAAUUGUAUGUAUGGACUGAUGGGAGUCACCCUCUAGGGUCUGAGAAUGGAACCUGGGUCUCUAAAACAGUAACAGACAGUAGUACCCAUGGAAUAAUUUCUCUAGCCUCUAUUAAGUUUUACUUAUGUGAGAAUCAAUAAUAGAAAAUAGUAUAAAGCCCUUGUAGAUAUUUUUAUGUAGGUGAUCUAAAAUCUUGACUUUACAUAGGCAUUUAUUAUUUCUUAGUAACUUUUUCUUUCAUUGUUUUUAAAAUACAACCUACUCAGUUUGUAUAUUUUCAAGGAUGAACAUUUGGUAUUCGAUAACCAGUCUUCUCUAUUUCUCCAGUUCUCAGAAUUCCUUAGUGUUUGACUUGAGUUUAGGCCUAGUGAGCUUCCUCCCUUCCAUGUUAGCAUGUCUCUUGGUGUUGUCCUUGUUCUGCUCAUGUUUAGGCAGCCCUGUUUGUAAGAUUUUAUGCAUGUAGCUUCUCUGACAUUUCUAGGGGAAACAAUCUCAGCAAAGAUCCUGUUCCUAGUUCUACCCCCACACCCCAAGUCAGCUCCCUUCUCAGUGAUCCCUGAGCCUGAGGUUCAGGUGUUGUGUUGCUUAUAAGUCAGUGGGGAUGGAUCAUCACAAGUCUUCAUUUUGACUGAUUGUGGUUUUCUGUAAUAAUCUCCGUGUGUUGUGAAAAGAAUUUUCCUUGAUGAGGAGCGAGGACUACAUUUAUCUGUUAGAAUAAAAGUAAAUAUUUAGAAUGCAUUUUUAGGGAUUAGGCCAAUUUGGUAAAGUGAUAGCUGUAGAUUCCUUUGCAAGAUUCUUGACUUAGUGGAACUGGCUAGGUUUCCAAUACCAGGCAUGUUUUCCUUCUUGUUGAAGUCUUAAGUUCACUUAGAAGCUGUUGGUUACCUCCAAGGUAUGUGUGUAUGUGUGUGCCACUCUUGCACCCUUAGGGCUAUCAUACAGUGCAGAUCAUUUCUAUGGUUCAUAGGUGUUACGGGUAGGAUUGUUGGCUGGCUUCCUCCUUUGGAUGUAUGUUGCCUACUGGGACUUUGAAAGGCUAGUCCCCAGGCAGGAAGCUUUAAGGUCAUAUUCAUCUUGAGUCCUCUACGAUUUGUGUUUGAAGUGUGUGGCUUCUUUAGUACUAGGGACUCCACUUCUACCUAUGGGAGGCAGCCAUGGGCAACAGCAAUGUCCUGUAAUAUUUGGAAGUGUCUUAGAACUGUGACCAACAACUUCAAAGCAGGUUUCUUACACCUGGUGUCAGUCAUUUUGUUAGAAAUUCUAGGACUCUAAGUGAGGAGCAUCAUCAGUGCAGUUGGGAAAUUUUCAUUUACUCUCUAAAUGUAUAUGCUUACAGGGGCCUAUAUGUAUUAUAGGCAUUUUUAAUGGAUGGAUAAUAGUCAAAAAUUAGAUGGAUUCCCUAUGACAUUUUCAGCCAUUCUUACUGUUAUUUUACCCUCUUUCUUCAGUGUUUAUAUCUUCCCCUUCUCCAUAAUUAAAUCCCUCCCUGUUUUUCCAUUUUCCCCUUCAGAUCAUUUGUUCUCUGUUAUUCCCCUUGCUUUUACUCUCCCACACCCUACGGUGGUCUCCUUUUACUUUCCUGGUUACUGCAGUCACUCCAGGUUGUGGAUUCACAUCUGAAGAUUUGGAGCUAGGAACUUCCUAUAAGAGAGAACAACUAUUGUCUGUCUUUCUGUGUGUGGGUUACGUCACUCAGUAUGAUCUUUUCUAGGCAACCGCUUAGCUGCAAAGUUCAUGACGUCAGUUGUCUUUACAGCUGAAUCAUAUUUCAUAGCAUAUGUGUACCACAUUUUUACUGUUCAUUUGUCAGUUGAAGGGCAUUUAGCUUGUUUCCCUCUUGUAGCUUUUAUGAGUAGAGCAGCAAAGAACAUGAGUGAGCAAAUAUCUGUGAAGUGGUAUGUCGAGUCCUAUGAGCGUACACCACGGAAUAGAACAUCUGGGUCAUGUGCUAGAUUUAUUUAUCUUGAGGAGUUUUUUUUUAAUUUAAUUUACAAUUCUUCAUAUUGAUUUCCAGAGUGGCCAGAAUUUUAUUGGAAAGGAUUUUUUUUGUUUUGUUUUGUUUUUGAUGUUGUUGCUGGCUGGAUAUUUUGGGGAUAUUCUUCCUUCUCUGUGACUAAUAGUGAUUUGCUGUCUUCCCCAUGGAUGAUUACUUCCAGCUCUCCUGUAUUUAUCUAUUCUUCACAUGAAAUUUAUGACUUCUCAUGUUCUAAUAGAUGAAUCCCCUUUUCUUCUAUGUAUAGUUUUCCUCAGAAUUAGUAUGUGUCAUGUAUCUUUAGUGAAAUCAAUUGUGUUAAUUUGGGACUAUCUUGAAGUGCACUUACGUCUCCACGAAUUUUAAGAGAGUUUUUAUCUAGUUGUAACAAUAUGGUUGGUGGUGAUUUUCUUACCAGGCUUUAGAUGUAUUUACAUGUUCUUCUGGCAUUGGGAUCACUGACGAGAAAUCUGCUGUAUUGUGUUGCAUGGGUCCUCAUGUGGUUUGACAUCAUUUUUUUUUAUCAGUUUUCAAUAUUGAUUUUUGCUUUUUCUUUUGGACGCCUCUAUAUGACAGGGCAACAAGCCAUCUAUUCAUUGUUCCUGAAAGAGAAACUCAAAAAAAAAAAAGAGAAAGAAAUGGCUGAUUCUCCAGGAAAGAUGUCCCAGUGUCUAUUAGCAUUCUGGGAUGUAGCUGUAGACUUCUCCCAGGAGGAGUGGGAAUGCCUGGACUCUGUGCAGAGAACUUUGUACAUUGAUGUGAUGUUGGAGAAUUACAGCAACCUGGUCUUUGUGGAGAACUAUUACAAAUGUGAUCCUGUCCAUCAGCAUGUGAAUAAUGAAAAGAAGUCUCAUCAGUGUAAUGAGCUUGGCAACGUGCUUCAGGACCUCUCCACAUGUGCACUUAAUAAAACAAGUGAAACUCCAGAAAACUCUAAUGACUGCAGAUGCAGUAAUCACAGGGAUGCCUCUAUUGACGCAUCAAAUAUCAAUAGACAUAAAAGUAUGCAUACUGGAGAAGAACUUUGUAAAUUUAAAAACUAUGAGAAAUCUUUAAAUUUGUGGUCCCACAUUAUUCAAAAUCAGAGAGUCUACACUGCAAAAAAAGAGCACAGGCAGGGACAAUAUGAUGACGAUUUCAGCUAUGGUAUUUUACAACAAACUAAAUACAUUGGAAAGAAACCACAUCAGUGUAGGAAAUGUGGAAAAUCCUUCAAUACUGCCUCAAGCCACACUGUACAUCAGAGAGUUCAUACUGGAAAGAAACCCUACAAAUGCAACAUUUGUGACAAAUCUUUUAACCAGUACGCAAAUCUGAAAACACAUCAAAGACUUCAUACUGGGGAGAAACCUUACAUAUGCGAAGAGUGUGGAAUGUCAUUUCGUCAGUUGUCAGCACUUAAAAACCAUUGGAAAAUGCAUACUGGAGAGAAGCCUUACAAAUGUCAGGUAUGUAACAAAUCCUUUACUGUGAAGUCAACUCUUACAAAGCAUCAGAGAAUUCAUACUGGAAAGAAACCCUACAAGUGCAACGUUUGUGACAAAUCCUUUAGUCAGUGUUCAAGUCUGAAAACACAUCAAAGACUCCAUACUGGAGAGAAACCUUACAGAUGCAGAGAAUGUGGAAAGUCCUUUCCUCAGUUAUCAGUACUUAAAAGCCAUCAGAAAAUGCAUACAAACAAAAGACAUGCUGGAGAAACGCUUUAUCAAUGCAAUGAGUGUGACAGAUCCUGUAGACACUAUUCAUCAUUAAAAAGGCAUCAAAAAAUUCAUUCUCUAGAGAAAUUAUACACAUGCAAAGAAUGUGGUAAGUCCUUCCUUGAAUUAUCACACCUGAGAACCCAUUACAGAAUCCAUACAGGCGAGAAGCCUUACAAAUGUGAGAUAUGUGACAAAUGCUUUACCACAAGCUCAAUUCUUAAAACACAUCAGAAAAUUCAUACUGGAGAGAAACCAUACAAAUGUAUGCUAUGUGACAAAUCCUUUAUCCAGGACUCACAUCUUAGAAGACAUCAAAGAGUUCACACUGGAGACAGACCUUACAGUUGUAACGAAUGUGACAAAUCUUUUUCUAAGAGCUCAACUCUUAGAGAACAUCAGAAAAUUCAUACUGGAGAGAAAACUUACAAAUGCAAAGCCUGUGACCUAUCCUUUACCCAGUAUUCAAUUCUGAGAAAACAUCAGAAAGUUCAUACUGAAGUGAGACAUAACUUCUGUAAGGAAUGUGGCAAAUCUUUUACUAGAAGCUCAUAUCUUAGAAUACAUCAGAAAAUUCAUACUGGAGAGAAACCGUACAAAUGCAAAGACUGUGACAAAUCCUUCACCCAGAGUUCAAAUCUUAGAACACAUUGCAGAGUUCAUACAGGAGAAAGACGGUGCAUAUGUAAGGAAUGUGGUGAAUCUUUUACUAAGUUCUCAACUCUUCGAGCACAUCAGAAAAUUCAUACUGGAGAGAAAAAUGCCAUUGUGCAUAAUGUGAUGUAGCAUUUAUCUGGUAUUCUCUGCUUACAAAUCACAACAGUAUGCACAAAGUGUGGCAUGCCACGUCCACCAGCAGAAGAGAUGACCACAGCAGGAUUCUGCUUAGAACACACUUUAUUGGGAGCACACAACUUGAGAAUGAUGGCGAAGGACCCAGAUCCCAGGCGUGCACUGCUUAUAAACAGUAGAGAACAAAAGCCAUGAUGGUCUAGGUCCCUCCUGAGCAUAUGGGUCAGCUCAUGAUUUGAGGCUGGAUCGCACCACUGGGUGGGGGGGGACGCGCGAAACGCCUCUGGGCGAGAUGGAGGCUUGAUGCCAAGUGGAGACGGCGAGCAGGCAAGCGAGAACAUGUCGGCGCCAUGGCGCCCUACUUCUCCCCCUAUAAUGUUUAUUAUAGAGCAAUCUGGGGCAUACCCGAUCGAGGCCGGGACUUCAUGGGGAACCAGCCGAUCAACGAUAGGGGCCCCUGCCCUGGAGAGAAGAAAGGAAAACCAGCACCCUCCCAUGUGCAAUGGCAAUAAGGCCUAUGGAGUGCAAAGGCUACUGGCAACCAAAGAGGGCAUGCCUUACUAGGUGCAUUGACAGCAAGGUCCCUAGGUGCCAAGGCCGUGUCCUACAAAUCUCUCUUAAGGCUGGCAAACCAAACUUGGGGGGAGACGCCAUGAUCAAGUGUCGCUAAAGCCUGAAUGAUCACAGCUUUUUCUCGGGCUUGCCGUGCUCGGAGGCGACACAAGAACCACAGACACAGAAAAACGCCAAGACAGCAAACAGCGCCAACAAUGCCCACCCCAACCCAUUCUUUGAAGAAGGAGAAAGCUGAGGACAGCCAUUCAGUAAAGUCCCCGAAGGAGAUGGGCUCGAGUCGGGUUUUGUUGAGGGUGAUGAUCUGGAACAACUGCUGUUGAAUGAGCUGCUCGACCUCUCUGGUCCAGUUGCCCGCCAGAUAUUCUCCCAAUCUUUUGCUUUGGUUUCCUACAUCAGAAAACUUAAGCGGAGUUAUGCAUACAUGUCUUGUUUGAGACACACAUCCUAUCUGAACUAAAUUAAACAAAUCUUCCACCUGA